AUGGAAAACUCCCUUCAUGCUUUUCGAGCUGAUGGCAGGGGUCCCAUCUACAGCAAACCAGUGAACUUGCCAGCAUUCCUAACAAGUGGCCAGACAGGCUUUCAGACGCAUUCUAAACCACCAGAAAAAGAGCCUUCCCCCAGUGUAGUGGAAGGGAUACCGCCAUGUACAAAAGACCCACACCAACAGCUUCCUGCCAUUCCUAAUAAGAAGUCUGCACCGAGCAGGGAUAACAUCACCUUGUCAAAAUUCGUGGAGGAGAGAACAACAUCUAUUCCCGAAAUCCAGACCAUCCAGCCCCACAAGACCCUGAGCACACCAUCGGUCUGGAGGAGAUCCUCCUCUGCAAGAAGAAGCCAGGUUUUGGAUGCGCUACAGACGAUUGACUCCAACAGAGGAGCACCAAAAGACAAUCUCAUGGUUGUACACUCUUGGGCAGAUGUGGUGAGAUUAGGUACUAAAAAACCACAAGCACACGUUGUUACAAAACAUGGUCUUGAGAGAAGGAUAAUAAAAAAGCAGAAGAGAUUAACCCCCAAGGUCAAGAAGAAGCCUGCAAACCACUCACAGAAUCACUUUAGCACAAGCUUCGCAAACUCUCCCUGCACCCUAGUGAUUGGCAGAGCUCAUACUGAAAAAGUGACCGAGCCUGUAUGGCCCUGUAUGAUGCUGAACAACUUUGUUUUAAACCCUAAGAUGGAUAUGAAUGAGGAUUUAGCAGGUGAAAGAGUGUGCACAGAAGGCCAUGAGAAUGUCAUGCAGUGUGUUUGUAGAUGCACAAUUUUAAAAGAGCUGAUAGAAGUGCUCCCCACCUCCUUACAGAAGGGGGAGCGUGCAUUCUUGAGAGGUCCUGGCCAAUUGUUGUGGUCGGAUCUGGUGGGAUAGCCUAUCUUUUCAGCUACAAACAAACCAGCCCCAUGAUAACUCUGAGUUGGCAUAGUUAUGCCUCUGGGCAGGGCUAGGCUGUAUCUUGCGGUAUAUGGUCGGGAAGAAUAAAGGUGGUUGUGAAGCAACAAGAGAAGCAGACAGACUGGCCUAAAUGCCAGUCAAGAACUGAAAGCCAGUGGAAGGAAGCAGGAAAGGAGAGUUGAGUUUGCAGCCUAGGUUGGGGGCCUUGGACUUUGAAAAGAAAUCAUUAUGCCUAAUGAGCAGAGGGAGUCUGUUGCAUUGUUUGAAGUAGGAAUGAGAGUCAAGAGUUUGCAUCUAGAUUGAUUGCAUGCCCGGGAUUUUGAGAAGAGAUCUCUUUAUGAAUAGAAUGGAAGGGGACUCUGUCCCAUUGUUUUCUUGUUGGAAGAGGGUGGAAUAUGACUUUUUUACUUUUAAAAAAUACAUAUCUGUAAUAUAUACAGUACAUACGCAUAUAUGAUGUUCUAUGUUUUUAUUGCAUACAUUAAUGUUACUUAUUUUCUUCAUUAAUAGAAUUACCAGGCAUGUUUGAAACCUCCAUCAAAAAGUAAACUGCAAAUGUGUCUCCUGAGAUUGGUAGAGAUUUACACAAUUCUUCAGGAGAUGAAGACUCUUUAGAACCAGAGAAACUGAUACGUACUAUUCCUAACACAGUGGAACAGCUAUAUGGCCAGAGCAUGAUAUGCUGCCCUGCAAAUGAAAUCAUUCAAACCCUAAAGAAGAUCCCUGAAAUUGGAAGUGGUGAAAUAACAAAGAUGCCACUUCAAGAAGUCGAUGUAGACCCCAAAAUAUUAACACCCAAUAUUUCACUUUUGAAAAACACUUGUACAUCAAAGGAAAAUAGAUCAACACCACAUCUUAGCAGAAUUAAAAAAACAGCAGCACUAGAUCAAAAAGUUACAUACGUGGAAGAAAAAUUUGAAAGUGGAAAUGUGGAAGAUCUGACCACCAGGAGACUGAUAAGAACGCCUAAGGAAAGGGAAGAACAUUUAAUAGAAGACGUGAAAGUUGUCAAGAAGUCUGGUAAAA